GACACGAAGCGUUCUGCGCAUUGACACUCUGAAUUUCAAUGACACGGUGACGCGCUUUCGAAACGACUCGUUGCUGAUUGCCUUCUUCGAUCCGCGGUCCAAGUCGUUUCAGGAUUUGCGCCCGGCGCUGGAGGAGACCGCAGAUGCUUUGGCAUCAUCGCCGACACCGCUUGGUGGCUUUGGCGCGGUGGAUGUGACAGUCGACAGCUACCUGUCUCUGCUGGAGGCACCCGAGAUCACCUCGAGCUGGCAAGACUUGCACAAAG